UCCUUGAAAAUAAAAUAAAAAGGAGACAGUCUCGGAACGGAACUGGUCUGAGGUAGAGAGCAAGAAGGGAGAGUGGCCAAGAUGUCUUCGUUUCUGCAGUCAUUCCUGGAUCCGAAGAAAAGCUGGUUGGCUGCUAUGCACAUGAAAUCCGUUACCAAACGCCUCCGCAAAUACGGUCUUCGCUACGACGAUUUAUACGAUCCUUACUAUGAUCAGGAUAUCAAGGAGGCGCUGAAUCGGCUGCCCCGUGAGAUCGUCGAUGCUCGUAACCAACGCCUUAAGCGAGCAAUUGACCUCUCCAUGAAGCACGAAUACCUUCCCGAAAACCUUCAGAAAAUGCAGACACCAUUUAGGAGCUAUCUUCAAGAGAUGCUUGCCCUUGUGAAGAAGGAGAAUGCAGAGCGAGAAGCUUUAGGAGCUUUGCCUCUGUAUCAACGAACCAUACCUUGAGGUGUGCACUCUCUUAUGGUAACUGGCUGUUGAAAUUCAUUCAUCUUCAAAUAUUUCUUUUUAUGUCAAAUGUCUCAAGUGAACACGAGUUUUGGCUUUCCUAAUUUAUUCGUUACGCAGUGGUCUCUGUGUUGAGUUUUUGAAUGGAAAUACUUUUUGCA